AUGGAUUUCGACGAGCUCGAAGAGCUGGAGCGGAAGCGCGGGGCCAGUACUCCAGCUUCUCAGGCUGCAGAGCGGAUCGGGGAGCAGUUUUUGCGCGCAGCGGGGGCUAAGACCUUCCAGGAGUUGCAGGACAAGAAGAGGCUCGAACUUGCGUCAGCGCAGCUGCCCGACUUGUCCGACCUUUCUUUUCCAUUGGGAGAUCUUCGCGGCUUGGAGAUACUCCUGGUGAGCCGGUCCCACGUCCGCGCCCUUCCCUCGAGCAUUGGCGAUCUGAGCGGCCUCCAAUUCCUCGAUGUCUCGGCCAACUGCAUCGAGAUCUUGCCAAAAACGAUCCUGAACUUGAAAUCUUUGACGCAUCUCAAUAUCUCCGACAACAAGCUUGGCACGUUGCCGUCUCCUUUCGGGCGCUUGACAAGUUUGGCUGUGUUCAAUGCCAAGAAGAACUCUUUGCGCGAGGUCCCGGAGGACAUCGACGAAUUACCGUUGGAAGACUUGGACAUGACGGAGAAUCGACUGGAAAGCCUGCCGAUGAACAUUGGUCGCCUCCCGCGGCUGCGAUCGCUUUGGGCUGCAGGAAACCAGGUCGCUCAGCUGCCGCCCGACCUGGGCAAAUGCCUAUCUCUGCGAGGGGUGCAACUCGCACACAACAUGCUGGAGGCUCUGCCAUCCGAAAUCUGCACCUUGACGAACCUUCAAUACCUGGAUGUUGCCCACAACUGGAUCAUGGAGCUACCGCCCCUCGAGAACCUUACCGGAUUGCAGACACUGGAUGUGGGUAGCAACUGCUUGGUGUCACUGAACUUCGGGGUGAUUCCCUCCUUGCGCAAGCUGCUCGCACCCGACAACCGGAUCGAGCGACUGCCGUCACGAUUUGCAGAUUUCCUGAUGCUGCACACAUUGGAUCUGCAAGGCAAUCCCAUCGCCAAUUCCCUGCAGCGUGGCAGCAAACACCCGGAUUGGCUAAGCCUCUGGCUGCUGCAGUGCACAGGCACUCUGCGGAGCUUGCCGGGCCUACAGGACUUCAUGCCCAGCUUGCUCGAAGAUGGGACGCUGGCCUUCGAUGGGUGGCAGCUGCGUGGUGAGAUGAGCUCCACGUUGACACGACUACGGGGCAUGAAAUGCUUGAAUGCGGCAGACAAUCGGAUAACAUUGUUGCCAGAAGAUCUGGGAAGCAUGGCUGGCAUUGAAUCUCUGCUCGUAUCGCACAACGAGUUGACAAAGCUCCCCACCACCAUUGGUGGUCUUGACCGCUUGCAGCUGAUGGACGUGUCCGCCAACCAGCUGCUCGACCUCCCCGCAGGCGUCACUUCUCUGAAAAGCCUGCGCAAGCUCGACGUUAGCAAGAAUCGCCUCAGCGCACUACCUGAUGGUUGGGGCCGACUUACAUGCCUACAGCACGCAGACUUGUCCAUGAAUCGACUGAUCUCGCUUCCGACAGACUUCGGAGAUUUACCAGCUCUAAAAUGGCUCAGCUUGGCUGGCAAUGAGAUUGUUGGCUUGCCUGUGAGCUUCAAGCAGCUACGACAGCUGACCGAGCUGCGUUGCGAAGGAACCCCGCUCGCCUCGUUGCUGCUGCAGACGGGAGAGAUGUUCGAGCAGCGCAUACUUUGGGAGCUGAAUCAAUGGGGUAGGCUUGCAUUGAUCAAAUUGCAAAUGCAGCAGAGAGGUCCGGUCCCAGAUGGCCUUGUGCAGUGGAGAUGGGUGCCAGCGACGCCUCCUGAUCCACCACCACAAACCAAAGCUGCCCCCACGCAUGGGUAUGGAGCAGGUGCAGCUCCCAUGCCCGAGUCGGUGCGCAAGGAUGGAAGUGCACGAUCCGGCGGCAUGGACGCUGCAGCAAAGGUGGCCACUCUGCUGCAUUGCGUUUACCGGUUCAAGGGCUACGCUCUCGCCUGGAUUCUGCCGGAGACGAGCACGAGGCGCAACGAGAAAGCUUGGGCGGUAUUCGACAAGUGGUCUGCUGAAGGCCGCGCGGAUGCCAUGCAGCAGUUGGCCCCGGCUGUGCUGGCAAGGCCUUACUGCGAGCCUGGCAAGCUGGCAUGGCUGGCAACCACCUGCAUUUUGCUUCUGAGAGGAGCAGACGCGGAACAAGCACUGGAGUGUGCCGCCUCUUUAGAUGAGGACUUGCUGGGGCAGAUGACGGUGCUCAGCUACGAGACGAAGCACAACACGCGCUUCCACCUGGUGCUGCGGAGCCCCUGGCCGGCCUUCCGAAUGCUGGACCUGCUCGCGAGGCUCAUCCCGGAGAAGGGCAGCACCCGCUUAGGGGCCUGUCGGAAGAACACCAAGUGGAACAGUGACCCAGACGUCUUCGAUUGGCCGCAGUUCAAGAAGCUUCUCUCGGAAGCCGUAGAUGAACUGGUGUCCGAUGAGUCUAUGUUCGAUUUGAGGCCCUCGGACGGCCCUUUGUCCCAGCAGUACUCGGCGCGGUGGCAGAGGAUCCACUCUUUGCCCGCGAUGAAGGAAGUAGUGUACUUCUCGCACGACGUGUUCGAUGCAUACCGGCAGCACCACUAUAAAGCUGGCUGCCACUUGGGAGUCAUCUCCUGCUACAUACUUCAGAUCUUCGUGGUACUGCUUCGCGACAUUGAAGGUCGGCUGCACAAGCAAGUGGCUAGUGUCGCACAGCUGGUGAACAUCUACGGGCCGGUGCAGCAAACUGCCAAGACCGAUUGGCCCGUGUUUCGGCUUCUGCACUUUGCUAGCUUGCUGCAGCGAGCCCAUCCGCAUGAUAUUUGGAUGGGGAACCAGGCCAAUGAACAACAGGCGGCCGCGAGAGACGCUGCUAAGUCCUUGGUGACAGAAGUUGAGGCUGCCACUGAGACAAAGUUUGCAUCGGGAGGCGAGGCUGCGUCGAUAACUUUUUUGACAUCAGCUUGGGGGUGGAUGUCGAAGAUUUUGGAUGCGGUGUUAAAGCGCUGGCGAGUGGUGUCCAAGACAUCCCCUUUGCUGGUUCUUUGCCGGGAUGAUUUAGCAUUAAGGAACUGCAAGACUUCGCAGAAGUUUAAUGACCCGCGGCCAAUGGUUCAGUGCAUCGAUGCUCCUCAACGUUUGGGCGUUGAGACCAUGGUUGCGAAGUACAUAGCCAUGGCCUCCAUAGUGAGGUCCGGCAUGCACGCUGUAUGGCUUGACUUGGAUGUGUUCGUAGUGGCCGACCCCAGUCCCUUUGUGAUGUCUGAACUGGCCAGACAGCCAUCUUCCAGUCUUCUCUUUUCGCGGCACCUGCUGUCGGAGUCGGUGACUCCCGCAGUCGUCAUAGCCCGACCGAAUGCGGAAGCAGUUUCCCUGCUCAUGGGGUUUGCGAGCUGGCUGCGUGAGAACCCCUACCUACUGGACCACAAAGCAUGGGACCAAUUCUUAACCAACAACAAGGGGGACUUUGCUGGUGUGUUUGAUUACAAGGGCAGGAACACCACGGGACAUGAGACCGAAGGCCCAACCCACACUUUUCUGCCAAGAUUUGGCCUGGCACCGGUUAGCAGCAACUGGAGCUUCAUAAACGGUGGCUUUGCAAGUGGAGAUGGUUGGCGUGGCCGAGAGGAAGAUGUAGUGCUCUUCCAUUUCUGGGGUGCUGAGGAAUCUCCCGAGAAACUCUUCCGUAUUUUCUGUAACAAGAAGGCUCUUCUGUCUCCGGCCUUGGAUUCCAAAGCUGCGGCGAUUCUGCAGAAGUAUCGGCGAGAACCUGUCUCAGCACCGCUAGUGUCGGUAUUGCUGAAGAAGGAGCCCCUGUACUUGGUGGCCAUCAGCUAUGCGCAUGGUUGUUGUCGAAAGUCGCUGCAGCGCAAUAGAGAGCACGCGCUGAAAGCUGGAGUGGACGCAGCCAGAUCCUACGGGAAGCAACACCUGGGCCCAGACUGGUUGGCUGCAAAUGACGCAGUUUUGUCGCAGAAGAGGGGGGCUGGGUGGUGGCUUUGGAAGCCCUAUGUCAUCCUGAAAACCUUGAAGGAUCCAGUGAUUCCUUGGGACAAGGGUGUGGUUUUGUGGGUUGAUGCGGGAAAUUACCUGCACGCAGAUCCAAGGCCGUUUCUGGCCUCAGCCUUGGAGGAGUCAGACGUGGUGGCCCUGCGCCUGAAGCAGUGCCUGGAAGUGGACUGGACAAGCAAGCUGACACUGGAGCAAAUGAACAUGUCUUCGAGGUAUGCUUUGAUCGAUCGGCCGCAGCUUGGCGCCUACUUCCUGGCAUUCCGAAAAACCAAGGCCGUCCUCUCCUUCGUCGAGCAGUGGCUGAAGCUCUCGGAGGACCCUGAUACUCUCAUGGGCCUGGCUGUGCGCAACUUGAACUCUCACGGAGGAACUGGAACCUUGACCAGCGAUAUUCUGGAUGACGAGGUGCCAAGCUUCAUGACACACCAAGCGGAUCAAAGUAUCUUUUCGCUGCUCUUCAAGAGAUACGGUUACAGAGCCAGUUCUCUGGAGGCAGGUCACACGCCCGAAAGUCAGGUCGAAGCGACAAUCAAAUGUCGAAGCAGCUUCGCCGAUGCUGCUGAGCAUGCUGCAGACACUGCGGUUAAGCAGGGAGCCUCGCCUCAGCAGGUUGGCUGGUCUGUGGCCGCGAAGGGUGCCAUCGGCGCUGCAGCAGCUGCGCGCGCUGUCUCGCAGUCUUCAGCUCGAAAGGAGGUGGCUCGGCAGGUUGCAAUGAAAGCUUUUCGAGCAGCACAGGCCGCUGGAGUGUCCGCAUAUGUGGCUGCCAAAGCAGCAGCCAAGGAGGCGUCGAAGGCUGUGGCAUUCGCAGCUGCACUGCAAGGUGAAAUGCCAGCCAAUGUGGGUGCCUCGGCAAAGCGAGUCACGUCCUGGCUGGCUGAUCUUGCGGAAACGGAACAGGUCAAGUAUGCACUGGAUGCAGCUCAAGAGGCUGUUGAGCAAGUGCUCCUCCUUGCCGAAGAGUCCGAGGAAGCUGUCAUCGAGGCCAAGCGUGCAGCUGCUAAUGGUGUGGUUGACGCGUCUGCAGCUGUCGGUCUGGAGCGCAUCGCCGACUGGAUCAACCCCGGGGCCCACAUCGACUUCUUCAAAGGUGGCCUCCGGGCUGCAGAGGCUUUAGCGCAGCUGGCAAGCUUUCGAUUUCGCCAGUCCGAGGCAGAGCUUUGUGUAGGGCGUGGCAUGCCAGAGCGGCGAGUGCAAAGCGAGCUACAGUCACAGCCACCCAGCGGAGGGGCAAAAUGUAUUAAGUAUAAUAUAGAAUUAUAG